CUGUGCUGAGUGUGAGAGCGAGGGGGGCGGGGGCCGGGGAGAGUGGGGCGGCCGGGCGAGUGGACGCGUGAACCGACAGACCUGCGGACGGGACAGCCGCGGCCGUAGGCUCUUCUGGCCCCGCUUAACCCCUGAAGCGCGAGGGGAAGCAGCCCCUCUCGCUGGGGGAUGCUGCGGGAUUCCCGGCGCCGGGCAUCCGGGCCGCCCGCUAAGCCCCUGUGCCUACCCCGUACCCCCGGGGAACCGGAGUCCGGCCACUGGGAAAGAGAAGCGGCUGCCGAGACGCUGCAGGGUGCCGGGCGGGGAGGGGGCUGGAGGCCCCAGGCCCGAGGGCAUGGAGCGGUUAGGGGAGAAAGCCAGUCGCCUGCUGGAGAAGUUAAGGCUCUCGGACUCCGGCAGCGCCAAGUUCGGCCGCAGAAAGGGUGAAUCUAGCCGGUCUGGGUCUGAUGGGACCCCCGGGCCGGGUAAGGGGCGCCUGAGUGGGUUGGGGGAUCCUAGGAAAUCAGGGCCCCGUGGAGCUACUGGGGGACCUGGGGAUGAGCCGUUGGAGCCAGCCCGGGAGCAGGGCCCCUUGGACGCUGAGCGGAACCCGCGCGGCUCCUUUGAGGCGCAGCGCUACGAAGGCUCCUUUCCCGGGGGGCCGCCUCCCACCCGGGCCUUGCCUCUACCUCAGUCAUUGCCCCCCGACUUUCGGCUGGAGACCACGGCCCCAGCUCUAAGCCCCCGCUCCAGUUUCGCCAGUAGCUCAGCCAGCGACGCCAGCAAGCCGUCCAGUCCCCGGGGAAGCCUGCUGCUGGACGGGGCGGGGGCAGGCGGAGCCGGAGGUAGCCGACCCUGCAGCAAUCGUACCAGCGGCAUCAGCAUGGGCUACGACCAGCGCCACGGCAGCCCCCUGCCCGCCGGGCCUUGCCUGUUUGGCCCACCCCUGGCUGGGGCUCCAGCGGGCUAUUCCCCUGGAGGGGUGCCGUCCGCCUACCCGGAGCUCCACGCUGCCCUGGACCGACUGUGCGCUCAUCGGCCCGCGGGGUUCGGCUGCCAGGAAAGCCGCCACUCAUAUCCCCCCGCCCUGGGCAGCCCCGGAGCUCUAGCCGGAGCCGGAGUGGGUGCGGCAGGGCCCUUGGAGAGACGCGGGGCGCAACCUGGACGACACUCAGUGACCGGCUAUGGGGACUGCGCUGCGGGCGCCCGAUACCAGGAUGAGCUAACAGCGUUGCUGCGGCUGACGGUGGGCACGGGUGGGCGAGAAGCCGGCGCCCGCGGGGAACCCUCGGGGAUUGAGCCGUCGGGUCUCGAGGAGCCGCCGGGUCCGUUCGUUCCAGAGGCCGCCCGGGCCCGGAUGCGGGAGCCGGAGGCCAGGGAGGACUACUUCGGCACCUGUAUUAAGUGCAACAAAGGCAUCUACGGGCAGAGCAACGCCUGCCAGGCCCUGGACAGCCUCUACCACACCCAGUGCUUUGUCUGCUGCUCCUGUGGGCGGACUCUGCGCUGCAAGGCUUUCUACAGCGUCAACGGCUCUGUGUACUGUGAGGAGGAUUAUCUGUUUUCAGGGUUUCAGGAGGCAGCUGAGAAAUGCUGUGUCUGUGGUCACUUGAUCUUGGAGAAGAUCCUGCAGGCCAUGGGGAAGUCCUAUCACCCAGGCUGCUUCCGCUGCAUCGUCUGCAACAAGUGUCUAGAUGGCAUCCCCUUCACAGUGGACUUCUCCAACCAGGUGUACUGUGUCACUGACUACCACAAAAAUUAUGCUCCUAAGUGCGCGGCCUGUGGCCAGCCCAUCCUUCCCUCAGAGGGCUGUGAGGACAUUGUGAGGGUGAUAUCGAUGGACCGAGAUUAUCACUUUGAGUGCUACCACUGUGAGGACUGCCGGAUGCAGCUGAGUGAUGAGGAAGGCUGCUGCUGCUUCCCUCUGGAUGGGCACUUGCUCUGCCACGGCUGUCACAUGCAGCGGCUCAGUGCCCGACAGCCCCCUGCCAACUACAUCUGAACUGCGGUCACCGCUGCUGCCUUCGCCACCCCUGACAAAUUCCUCUGGCCAGAGGGCCCCGCUGAGGCCAGCCGAGGCAAGGAACGCACUCCCAGGCCAGGCAGAAGAGUCCUCUGGGGAGGGCCCCAAGGGCCAGAGACCCAAAGAUAUGACAUUCCAAAUGGAUUGUGGACAAGGAGCCUUCCAAUUGCCACGGUGGGGUGACUGGCUUUCUUUCCACGUGCGCAGCCUGUGCUGUAGCAUAUACUCAGGCAUGCACAGGCAGGUUCCAGUACUUUCUAAAGGUCUGAUUCACGUCUGUAUCUCCAGCGUAAGUCAAGCAGUGUUCUGGCUUUGGAUUAUAGGAAGACAGGACAUCGUGAACACUCCUCACUCUUUUGCACCCCUCACGUAGAUCGGAUACGGGGUCAGCGGGUUCUCACCACAGUGUCUCAACUCUGUAUCUGGAUGAAGAGGUAGAAACUGGACCUUAUUAAUGAGUUGUUUCUUGGCCACCUUCUCUCUGAGGACCAGGGGAGCUGCUCAGCCUGUGCUGGGAAGAGGGGCAGCUCGGGUGGAUCUGCUGCCUGUGUUGCCUGUCUCUCAGGGACUCCCCUGGGCCGGGGAAGCCUAGGUGGAUGCCUGUCCUGGGUUGUUCUUCUCAGCUCGGGGACGUGACGAGUGGGUCUUUGGGGGUGGAGGGCCCAGGCCCGCCGUGCAGGAAGCCUCAGGCCGGGCCACGCACCCAGGUGCAGGCACACGGAGCCCUCCAGCCACUGUAUACACAGAGGGCCACACUCACAGACACACACUUGCUCUUUCACUCCCUUCUUCUCAGGUCACUGUCACCCCCGUCCCCUCACAUAGCUCACCACUCCAGACCUCCCACCCCGCAGAGGGAUCCAGGAUUCCAGCCCCUGCAACUCCCAAGAUCUGAGGUUCCGGGAAGCCAGAGGGGCGACCCACUUUGACCUGGUUCUGGUCCGUUUGGCUAAAAUCGGUCCCUUAAAGCCAAUUCAUGGGAGACUUAUACACUUAAAGUUUACUUCACUGGUUUUUUGUGGUUUUUUUUCAGCUCAGAAAAGAUGGUUUUAUUGAAAGCACAGGGACAAGACCCAUGGGUAGAAAGAGCUGCCAAAGUUGACCUCACUUAAUGACCAGUUUGCCCAAAGUUCAGUUCCCUUUGGUGUGUUUUUACAGCCAUUGGGUGUUCUAUUGUUGUUAUGUUUCAGGUGUUUUAAGGAUUUAUAUCUCUUCGUCCAAUAGUACUUCUGAGUUACUUUCAACCACGUAAAUUUAUCAAAUUUGGAGCACUUUGUAAAUGAUGAAAUUGCUUCCUACUUUUAUGGACAUCUUUCCCUAUAUUAUCUACUUUCAGACACAUUUCGAAAAAGUUUAAAGUUUCUAGCAACUAUAAUUGGUACAGACAUUUUGUGUAUCAUUUUUUGUGUUUCUUAAUCUAAUAUUCCUUUACAAAGUCAAUGCCUUGGAAAACAUAAUGGAGCUCAUACGAUUUUGAUGCUUUGGCCUAACUGCUACAUUCCUGGUGUUAAAAACGCCAAUAUAUUCUAAACAAAUGAACAACCAUGCGGCAUAUUCAGUUGACUAACAAUUAAAGGCUACAUAGACAAGAGCAAUAAAAAGUCAAAGGGUGACUCUGCUAACUCUUUUUGAAAGUGCUGCGGAUUUGAUAAAUAUUUAUUUGAGACUAAUUGUCUCUAGGUGACUUGGUUUGAGGCAAAUUAAUCUGAUAAUCUUUGAUCCUUAGUCUUCAUUCUCUGUCACUUAGAGCUUCAUGCUGGAAAUGGUGACUCCUGAGAACAGAAAUCCCGCAUUUCGGGGUUACUCUAAGGUGGCCAUGUCAGCCAAGCUGGUGUCUCAGAGGAGAGGCCCGUGCAUGAGGGUAUGGUUGAGAGGAAGAGCCCACAUUCAUACCACUGACUGCUGGAGGGGAUGCACUUUUUGGAGGGAUAAAUGUUCUGAACCUAGGUGGCUUGAUCUACAGCUGGGAUUGCUUUUUCUGAAUUAUUAUUAUUAAAUAAGUGAAUACAAAGACUCUGACUGGGCAAUUUUCUCACCAGGCCGCUUCAGGCCUGGGAAAUCCAGGCAAGCACGUAUGACUUUACAUCCAACCUUUCUUUGACUCUUGGGGGUCUUGUCCACUCCGACCCUUCGUUGCUUGCUUUCUUUUUUU